CAUGAACUUUAGAACUUACUCAUAAAGUGACAACUCAUGUUGGGGUUUUCUAAAUCAAAUUCCCUUUGGCAUUAAAAUCAUAUUGAUAUUAUUAACAGCUGUUACUCUCAUCAACACUUUAUGUUCUGAGAAAUUUACUUAUUGGUUUGAGGAUUUGCCAUCCAAAGUUUUUGAAGAUUUUGAAUUAUGGAGACUGUUCUUCACUCAAUUUAUAAAUUGUAAUUUUCAUCAAAAUUCGUAGCCUAUUUAAGUGCUAUGUUUAUGUUUUUCAUAUUUUGCACCUAGGUGGUAGAUUUGGAAAAAAAAUUAGGAACUGUUGUAUUUCUUUUGGAUUUCUUCUUUAAAAAUAUCAUGAUUCAAGUAAAAUUCAUAUUUCUUUAUUCAAGAUUACAUUCUUAAUUCUAUCAUUGAUAGUACAAAUCUACUCUAUUCCAUCUCGAGGUUUAUGGAAUUUCUAUCUAGUUUACAUUAGUCUACAGUAAGAAUUACAAUGUUAUUAUAGGUGCUAUGCAAAUCCAGAACAAUUAAUUAAGAUUUUGUUCUUACCAUGUUAACUUCCUGGAAAAUACCUUCCCUUUGUUUAUGCAUUGAUUGGGCUUGCAGUCAACCAAAACUACGACUCAAUAGCCGCUCUGAUUUUUGCCUAUAUUGAAGCAAAGUUCUUCAAUUCUAUGAUGUUUAGACCCAGUCAAGUAACUUAUGCUCAUCUCAAAUAUCUUAGUCAUUUAUUAAAAAAAUAGAGAACAGCCAUUUAAUGAAAGGCAUACGUAUUAGAGAAGAUUUCUAUUUGAUGACAGAAAAUUUACAAAGUUAUCCUACGAAAGAAUUGCCAGAAAGAGAUCAAGAAUAUUAAGGAAGGAUAUUUCAAGGAUAAGGAGUACAGAUUGGAGGGAACAAUAUUAACCUUGAGAAUAUUGUCAUUGAUGAUAGGUACAAAUUUAUCAAUUAAACUGCAGCGAGUAGUUUGAAGAAGAUGACACUGAGAGAAACGAAUGA